GCCGAAGUUUCAUUCGCAACGGCGGCUUGGCUUCCGUUGGACGUGAAUUUCACUUUUCGGCGUAGAUUUUCCUUUUUGUCAAAAUUUUCAGUGGUUUUAAAUUAUUCAGAGUGAGCAUUUGGAAGUGAAAUGGCCAAAAAAGGAGGAGUCCAGCAGCUUCAGGCUGAGAUAAACACUGACGAGGAGUUUGAAAAGUUCCUGGAACGAGACGGUCUGCUGGUGAUGGACAUCUACACGGACUGGUGCGGUCCGUGCACCGGGAUGGUGAGCAGUUUGAAGAAGAUCAAGCUCGAGCUCGGUGGUGACAACCUGCAACUGGCAGUGUGUAAAUCCGAUGACAUCGAAGCCCUAAAGAGAUUCCGGAACAACAGUGAACCGACUUGGUUGUUUGCUUCGCAUGCUAAAAUCGUUAACCUCAUGUACGGAACAAACGUCCCCAAACUGAUCAACAUGAUCACCGAAGAGCUGGACAUUGAGCUGAAAUGUCGGGCCGGCGAGGUCGAGCGGAAGUACUACGAACUCCACGAGUUGACACCGGAAGAGCAGGAGCGGGAGGACGCCAAGCGGGCCAUCGAGGAGAACGCCGAACGGAUCGAGAAAGAAGCGGCCAUCAAGAAGCGGCGGGAUUACAUCAUCCACGUGUUUGACGAAAUCAUGACCAACAUUCCGGACAUGGGAAUCACGCUGUUUAUGCCCCACGUUCACAAGGAUGUCUACAAAAAGAUGAAUGAAAAUGCCGAAAAGCACGAUUUGCACUUUAAGGAGAAGCGACUGGUUCAUCUGAACCCGAAAAUGCUCGAAGUCUUGCACUUUGACUGCGAGAAUCCCAUCGAGGACGACAUUUUCGAGCACAUUUUCUACAAAGACGUCCAGGCUUACGUUUGGAAACUCCAAGAGGACGUUUCGCGUACGCCCGAAGACGUCAUCGCAGAUUUUGUCCAGUUUCUAACCGAACCGAGCGAAGUCCUCGAUGCCGAUGGAAACGUCGAAAAGGUGAUUCCGCCGUUGAUCGAACCCCUGGAGAUGCACUACAACCAGAACGAUGGUACGUGGAAGCCACUGAUCAAGAACCCGCCGAAAAAGGGCGCCAAGGGUGCCAAACCGACGCCGGAGUUGGCCGCCGCGACCACCUCGUCUGCGAGUAUGUCAUCCUCGAAGGAAACGUUUGACGAGGAAAGCUGCCCCAAGAUGUUCAUUCCGGGAAUUUGGAGCCCCACGAACAGGAGGGCGACGGCGGCACUGUUUUAUCUGCUGUUUAGACAUCUCACCGACCACUUCCUUCCGCCGGACCCGGUUCCGGAACCGCCCCACAUCUGCAUCGUGUUUGACGCGUACAAAAAACGCGAUGUGUUUGAAGUGGCGGAAAAGUACAAACGCGAUGUCAUUUCGUACGGCUUUUUCACCACCGGCGAUCCCAAAACGGCCGAACUGAUCGCCAAGACCACCGAGCGGUACGUGCGCCUCAAGCCCAACGUAAACGACAAGCUGAUUCUAAAGUGCUCGAAGGCGACGAGUCAUGCGAUGCUGGCGCUGACGGCCGUUGGUCCGUGCUACAUUAGUCAGAACGCGGUCGAGGGACAGGAAGAGUGCGCGCUGCUGUUUCCGCCGAAUUACAACAACAUUGAGGAGGAUGUGGAAAUCGAGGCGGAUACUAAGAAGAAGCACAAGAAGAAGCGACGGGGUAAGAAGAGUGACACCUCGGUUAGUACGGCGGAUUCGGGGACGUCUUCGACGCCGACGGCCGAUGGGCAGGGUGAGGGAGGUGAAUUGGGCACCGUUGGGGAAGGUUCCAACGGGGAGGAAGGCGAAACCACUUCUUCGUCGACGAAUUCACCCGAGAAGACGGCUGAUGACGGGGAGGAGGCGAAAGGUUAGGGAAGGGAGUUUCUUCAAAUAAAAAAAUAUAUCGAGUUUUUUUUA